AUGGCUUCUAUAUAUCUUGGUAAGAAAAGCGGUUCAAGCGUGUCCAGUAUCAGUAGUCAAGUUAAGGCAACAGUGAAUGUGACCAGAGAAAUAUUCAAAGAAUGUCCGAACUUUGAAAAAGUAACUUAUAAAAUUACGUAUCCAACGAAAUAUGAAGAUGAGUACGUACCUACUGUUUUCGGAAGCUAUUAUAAUGUGCUAAUAUAUAAUGGCUAUAAUGUCAAACAUAGAGGUACCCAAAUUUUUGGUUAUUACUCUCCUGCCAAUAAUAGUCAAAUUGUAAGAGAAGUCUGCGUUUACUAUUCUGUAUUGAGAGACAAUAUACCCUUAAUGGUUACCUUUGUUACUAGGGGAAACGGAACUUACACUUGCACGUAUGAAACGCUAAUAAGUGAAAAAUCGUUUACUGCCUGUAACAUAAAUAAGAAAAAAUUAAAACAAAAUCUGGUUCAAGAUUUGCCAAAAGUACAUAACAAAUUUACAAAAAGAGCAAAAAUAAAAUUCAAAACUGAAGAAGGGAAAAACAAGUAUAUAAAUGGGCUAAAUGAAAUAAAAUUAAGUCGUAGUUUUUCAAAAGUUAUAUUUAUUUCCAACAAAAAGAGCAAAAAAGAAAGUAGUGAUGAGCCAUAUGAUUUUUACAAUUGCGAAUUGUUAAAGAAAAAUUCCUUGAAUGACGUGAUAGAAAAGAAUGUUUUGGCUGGUGUUAAAGAUAAAGUGAUAGAUGGAAUUAUAGUAUAUUAUUACAGAAGAAAUAAUAUUGCUUUGUUAGUAGAAUUCAUCAAUAAUUGUAAAUCUAAAACGCAAAUUAUAAGAAAUUAUACCUACGGUAACGAAUGGGUGAAUGGAAACGUUACUUAUUAUAACAACCAAGAACUGAUAAUGGAAUUGGAGAAAAUAAAAAACAGAAUGAAUAUCAGCAGAAAUUACAAUUUGGGUACUGCUCCUGAAACUUUCAACAAUAGUUAUUUAAAUGAAAGCUUAGGAGGCAAUACUACUGAAGAAUUAGAUGAAGUGUACGAUGACAUUGAAGUAACUCAGGUUUAUCCAAGUUACGAAGAUUACUAUUCCGAAACAAACACAACAUCUAUAGGAAAUAUCGUUUUCUAUAUAUUAGCUGGAUCAAUAUUAGCGGCAGCACUCGUGGCAGUUGCAUAUUACAAAAUACCAAAACUUUUGACUAAAAAUUACAUGAAAUAUUUCGCCAUAAAUUGCGAGUUUACCUUGAUUAACAAAAAAAAGACCAAAGAAUUAAUAAUAAUAAAUAAAUAA